AUGGCCCAGGAACUUGUGGCCCCGAGCCUUCCCGGCUUCACCUUUGACAAUGUUGAGCGCAACCAGCACCUUGGCGCUGCCGGCUACGCCUUGCCCAAGUUUACCAAGACCGGUACCACUAUUUGCGGUGUCAUCUACAAGGAUGGCGUUGUUCUUGGCGCUGAUACCCGCGCCACGGCGGUACGUGCGUUUGCUGUGGCGCCGGUACGGCUGCCGACACGGAGAGCGUCACCAACGUGGUGGCCUCGCAGCUCGAGCUGCACCGUCUUCAGACUGACCGCGAGGUAUCAAGGCCACGUGUCGGCAGCCCUGGUGCUGGGUGGCGUUGACAUCAACGGCCCAGUGCUGUACAGCAUCCAUCCCCACGGCAGUACAGACAAACUUCCCUACGUCACGAUGGGCUCUGGUUCCCUUGCCGCCAUGGGUGUCUUUGAGGCCGGUUUCCGCAAGGACAUGAGCGAGGAGGAGGCGAAGAAGCUUGUGCGCGAUGCCAUUGCUGCGGGUAUCUUUAAUGAUCUGGGCUCGGGCAGCAACGUCGACUUGUGUGUGAUCAAGAAGGGUGAGGUGGACUACAUUCGGCCCCACGAGAUUGCCAACGUCAAGGGUGAGCGCCUGAACGAGUACAAAUACCCCAAGGGCUCGACGGCCGUCCUCACAGAGCUGAUCAAGCCCGUGGUGGUGGAUGAAGUGGUCCACCCCGUGACUGCCUCUGCGGUGGCCGGCAUGGAAACGGCUUCUGAUUUGUAA